ACCCGUAUUCCUAAAGAAAAUUUGGAUAGUUCUAAACAAAACGGGUACGUACUUUAAUAUUAAUUAUAAAUUAUGUAUCGCAUUUUAAGAAUAAUAAAAUGUACUGUAUUUAUUAACAACUUUAAAAAGUGCAGUUCAAGUAAUAUUUUGUACAAUAAUUAUCCUAAUACAUGUGCAUAUAGGGUCAAUUUAUCGGAUUCGAGAGAAAGAAAACGAAUCAGAACGUUAAGUAGUGAUGAUUCAAAUGAGGAUAUAUCUUCAAAAUCUAACGAUGAAGUAAAGAGAGAGAGCACCAGUGGUAAAACGGCUAUUGGUACAAUAAAAUUGCCCGAGAAUAGCUUAAAGAGAAGAAGUGGAAAAAGAUCACGUAUUUUAAGCAGCGAUGAGUCCGAUGAUGAUGUUUCUAGUUCCAAGCAAUUGAAUUUAAAGGACGAAUGUGUUAAAUCAGAAGUUCAAUCUCCACAGAAGAGAGAUACCAAUAAACAGGUAGAAGAUGUAAGUCAGGAUGAAAUAAAAAAAGAAAUAGAAAGGCAGGAUGAUGCAGCGAGAGAAGAUUAUCAAGAUGUUGAUAAAAAUGAAAUAAAAUCACCCGAUAAGCCAAAGAUAAAUAAUUUAAUAUUUGGAAAACAGAAAACCAGUGAUGAUAAAAAGAAGAGCACUUCAAAUGUAUACAAUCCCAAUCAAGUUAAUUAUGAUCCAAUUAAACAUGCGUCUUGGAAAUAUAAGGAAAGAGUUCCAUAUAGCGCUUUGGCUAGAACAUUGGAAGAAAUAGAAGAUGUUUCAGCAAGAUUAAAGAUUAUUGAAAUAUUGAGUAACUAUUUUAGAUCUGUAAUAGUUUUAACUCCUGAAGAUUUAUUACCUAGUGUAUAUUUGUGUUUGAAUAAACUAGCCCCUGCAUAUGAAGGUCUGGAAUUGGGGGUAGCUGAAACCAGUUUAAUGAAAGCCAUAGCGCAGUCUACUGGCAGAAGUAUGGCUCAAAUUAAAGUGGAUGCGAAAGAAGUGGGGGAUCUGGGAAUUGUCGCUGAAAAAUCUAAGUCUAACCAAAAAAUGUUAUUUAAACCAGCGAGACUCAUGGUAAAGGGAGUAUUUGAUAAAUUAAAAGACAUCGCAAAAAUGACUGGUCAGUCGUCGCAAACCAAAAAAAUUGAGAAGAUCCAGUCGAUGUUUGUCGCUUGCCAGGAUUCCGAAGCUAGGUUCUUAAUUCGUUCUUUGGCAGGAAAAUUGAGGAUAGGCCUUGCGGAACAAUCAGUGUUGCAAGCGUUAGCUCUGGCUUGUGCCAUGACUCCUCCCGGUCAAGAAUAUCCCCCUAAAGAACUUAAUGUGGCUAAGAAAAUGUCUGCGGAAUCAUUUAAAACGGAAUAUGACAGUUUGGCACUAAUAUUAAAAACAGCUUAUUGUGAGUGUCCAAGUUACGAUAAAAUAAUACCAGUUCUAUUACAACAAGGAAUAAAAAAAUUACCCGAAUUUUGCAAAUUGACACCAGGAAUUCCUUUAAAACCGAUGCUAGCUCAUCCCACGAAAGGUAUACAAGAAGUUCUGCAACGAUUCGAAGGGCAUAAAUUUACGUGUGAAUGGAAAUAUGAUGGUGAACGAGCGCAAAUCCAUAUAAAUGGAAAGGCUGUGCAUAUUUUUAGUAGAAACCAAGAAAAUAAUACAACAAAAUAUCCGGAUGUUAUUUCUAGACUUGACAAAUGUACGUCAGAUGAAGUGAAAUCAUGUAUAUUGGACUGUGAAGCUGUAGCUUGGGACAGGGAAAAGAGUCAAAUUUUACCUUUUCAGAUUCUAAGUACCAGAAAGCGAAAGGAUGCAAAUGAAGCUGAAAUUAAAGUCCAAGUUUGCAUAUUCAUGUUUGAUUUACUUUACCUCAAUGGUGAAUCAUUAGUUAAGAAGCCAUUUAUAGAGAGAAGAACUUUAUUAAAACAACAUUUUAAAGAAGUAGAAGGGGAGUGGUUGUUUGCUAAGAAUUUGGAUACUUUUACCAUGGAAGAAGUACAAGAAUUUUUAGACGAAAGUGUGAAAGGCAACUGUGAGGGUUUAAUGGUGAAGACUUUGGAAAAGGAUGCUACAUACGAAAUUGCUAAGAGGUCACACAAUUGGUUGAAGUUAAAAAAAGAUUAUUUGGAGGGUGUUGGGGAUACUUUGGAUGUUGUUGUAAUCGGCGGUUAUUUAGGAAAAGGGAAACGAACGGGAACUUACGGAGGUUUUCUAUUAGCUUGUUACGAUAAGGAUAGUGAGGAAUACCAAAGUAUAUGUAAGAUUGGAACUGGAUUUAGUGACGAAAUUUUGCAGACACAUUCUGAAUUCUUGAAGCAGCAUGUAAUUCCUCAACCUAAACCUUAUUAUAGGUAUGACCCAUCUUUAGAACCAGACCAUUGGUUUGAUGCCGUGCAAGUUUGGGAAAUCAAAUGUGCGGACUUAUCGCUUUCACCCGUACACAGAGCUGCACUUGGUAUUGCGGAUCCAGAGAAAGGUAUUUCUUUAAGGUUUCCAAGAUUUGUAAGGAUCAGAGAUGACAAAAACGUAGAGGACGCAACGUCAUCGCAACAAGUCGCUUAUAUGUAUUCCAAUCAAGAGCAAGUGAAAAAUCAACAGCAAAACGUAAAGUUUACCGAAGAAGACUUUUACUAAUCAAUUUAAAAUUCUUUUAUAUAAAAAAUGUCCAUCUGGCGAUUAUUUUAUUUGUAAGUAAACGAUUUUUAUAAAA